UAAUAAUAAUAAUAAUAAUAAUAAUAAUAAUGUCUGCUCCAAGAUCAUCAAUAGCCUCUGAUACUCCUCGUUUUGCUCAGUUCAAACUAGUAUUAUUAGGUGAAUCCGCUGUUGGUAAAUCCUCCAUAGUUCAUAGAUUCGUUAAAGAUCAGUUUGACGAAUUCAGAGAAUCAACUAUAGGUGCAGCCUUUUUAACUCAAACCGUCUUAUUACCAAAUAAUAUAACCAUCAAAUUCGAGAUUUGGGACACUGCAGGUCAAGAACGUUAUAAAUCUUUAGCACCAAUGUAUUAUAGAAAUGCAAAUUGCGCAAUUAUAGUCUACGAUAUCACUCAAGAAUCCUCCUUAGAAAAGGCAAAACAAUGGGUAAAGGAACUACAACGACAGGCUAAUCAAGAUAUAAUCAUUGCAUUAGCAGGCAAUAAAUUGGAUUUAGCGGAAUCUGAUCCUUCAACGAGAAAAAUUAAAAAAGAAGAUGCUUUCACUUAUUCAAGAGAAGAAAAUUUAUUAUUCUUUGAAGUCAGUGCAAAAACUGGUGAAGGUGUCAAAAAUAUCUUCCAAAGCAUCGCCAAAAAAUUGCCAAUUGAUGAUUUCAAACCUGCUUCAUCCAAUGCUAAUUUGAGAAAUUCAAGACAUAAUCUAGGUGUCGAUUUAUCGAGAUCCUCAAUCAACCAAUCUUCAUGUAAUUGUUAAUUAAUUAAUUAAAAGUUAUAAAUUAUAAGUUAUAAAUAAAUAAACAAAUAAAUAAUGCUUUUUUUUUUCUUUUUUUUUCUUCAUUCUUUUGUUAUUGUUUUUUUUUUGAAUUAUUUUGAAUCAUU